AUGAGCAAAUGGGGUUCAUUAGCAGGGGAAAUUUUGUGGCCCAAGGAAUUUAUAUAUGUUAUUGAAAAUGAAGGUUGCAAUAAUAAAUUUGGGCAUAGUUAUGUGAUAAAAUAUAAUGGAAAUAUAGUUCAAAAAAAUUUUAAAAAAUGUUUAAAUAAUGUAGAUAAAAUGAUAAAUGCAACCAAGUCUGUAUGUGCAAAUUUAGAACAUCAAAUAGAUGAAUAUGAUCCAGAUAACUUAAAUUAUGAAAAUAAAAUAUCAGAAGAAUCCACAAAUGCUAACCAAAUAUUACUUAGAUUGUCAGAAAAAAAAGAAGGAAUGAAAGAACAACUUUCAAAAAUAAAUACAAUUCAAGAAAAAUAUGAUAUAUUAUUAAAAAAUGAACCAUCUUAUAACUUUCGAUUCGAUUUUCCAUAUUUCAAUAUUCAAGGUAAUCCUUUAAUCGAAAAAAUACAAAAUUCAUAUUUUAACACAAAAAAUGAAGUUCACAAUAAUUGGCAUAUGAAUAAUGUUAACAAUCCUAAUCAAAGUUAUCAAAAUAAUUUUCAAUAUAAUAAAAACCGUGUUGGUAAAACUAAACAUAAUGAAAAUAAAAAAGGAUAUAGAAGUUAUUUAUACAAUAUAAAAGUUAUAGAAUGUGACGAAACAAUAGUAGGGGGUCAUGAGUUUAUAUUUUCAGAAGACAAUUCAAAUAAUAUAAAAAUUAACAAGCUAAUUAAAGAAGGGAAACAUAUAAAAAAUUCUAUAUAUGAAUACAAAGAAUAUUGUAAAGACAUGGAUAAUUAUGAAGAAAAUAAGGAACCAUAUUUUGAAGAAGAAAAAGAAAACAAUCUAAAUUCCAAACAUAGAAAAGGAUAUAAAGGGAAAAAUAAAAUUAGUAUAAAUAAAAGUAAAAAUAACAAUAAGGAUUAUGAAGUUACAUAUGAAACGUUAGGUGUAGUUCCAUAUAGUGAUAUAAUUGUAUUAAAUAAAAAAGAGCUUGAUAAACAAAAUAAGCAAGUUGCCGGAUUUGUAACACCAUUUAUGUUAAAUGGUAAUAUUAAAAAAAUGAUUGAAAAUAUAAAUCCAUAUAAUAAAUAUAAAUUUAAUGAUGAAAUGAUAUUUAAAAGUUUAUGUAAUAUUAUAAAAGUGAUGAAUUAUUUAGAGGAAAAAAAUAUAGUUCAUGGAAAUAUAAAACCAAAUAACCUAUUUAUAAGUAACAAUGGUUUUAACAUUUUAAUUGGAAAUUUUGUUCCCAAAAUUAAAUUAUCAAAUUAUUAUUUUUAUGUUAUAAAUAAAACAAGGACACGUAUGAAAUACAUUUCACCUGAACUUUUACUUUAUAUAAAAAGAAAAACAAAUCAAUUAAAAAAAAAUAUAAAUAAAAAUAAAAUAGUUAGUAUAGAAAAUUAUCAUCUUAUAAAAAAUGAUAUAUUUUGUUUGGGAUUAUCUUUUUAUUAUAUUGUAUCUAUGAAUGAAGAUAUUUUAAAUUAUAUAGAUGAUUAUCGAGUAUUUCAAUAUAAGGUUGAUAAUAUUCGAGAUUAUAUACAAAAACCAGAGUUAUUUUUUCUUCUGAAAAAUCUUUUAAUAUAUGAUCAUAUGUAUAGACCUAACUGGUCCGACCUAUCCAAUCUCAUAACACAAAUGGAUAAAGAACGAGUGUAA